AAUCAUGAGCAGUAGUAGCAGUCCUGGUAUUCGAAAUUUAUUCAGAACCAUGAGCAGUAGUAGUAACAGCGACACUGAUGAUGAUGAUCUAACAAGAGUUUUAUCUGUACGACGCCCUAGGUCAAAUUCUAUUGACCUAAAUAGGAGGCGUGCUGAGAAAGUUAGACCAGUUUCUACUAGAGAAAAGAAAGAAGAUGAAUCAGAGUCUAAAUCGACACCAGGAGAAGAUAAAGUUGGUGACAUCGUUCGCUUCGGACGAAACAGCUACUUUGUGGUUGACAUCUUCGAGAAGGAGAUCAUGGAGUUGGGAGAUAAGGUGGAUUUAAACUUCAAGAGAUUCAACAAGUUCGAAGCUGUUGAUGGAUGUUGUCCAUGGGAUCAUCACUUCAGCAACUACAGGUGUUGUUACUCAUCUUGCUGCUGCGUAUGUUCAAUCAGUAACGUUGAGAGAGAGUGGGGGAAGCUGCAGAGAGAGUUAGAGAAGAGAGAUGGUUCUUCCAAUGGAGUCAGCUUCUUUGUUAGAACUUACAACGAAAGAAAAGAGCUGAUGAGAGUUGCUGUAACCGAUCAGAGUCACAGCUUGUUCUUCUUCGACAUUAAGUUCCCUACAGAGUAUCCACACCAAGCGCCGAGUCUCUUCUACCAUUCCUAUGGCCUUCCUUUGAGUAACUAUGAGACACAUACGUUACUAAAGGCCAAAAUUCAUUACAACAUAUUAGAUGUGUUUCUACUCAUUGAAGAGAUUGUGAUGAACAACACCAACAAGUCAUGUCAUCAGAUGCUAGAUAUGCUGAAGCGUCCUCUCAAUGGGUUUGAGGAUUUUGUGAAAGGUCAUUUUAGGAAGAAGGGUGCUUUUAUUCUGAAGAACAUGAUUGAAGAGAUGGAUUUGGCAAAGGAGAGAGAUAGAAACAUGUUCUUCAAGACUUAUGUUGCCUUUGAAGACAAUAAAACUUACGGUGAGCAUCUUCUCAACAGUGAUCUUAAAGAAGAGCUGGAGGGGUACAAAGAGAAAGAGUGUUCUAGUGAUCACUACUACUCUUCUUCAUCUUCCUACUUCCAACCCAUUACUAGCAGGUUUGAUGAUAUUCAGAAGACACCCAGAUACAAAAACUUCUUGAACAAGAUCUUUCUCUUGUAGUUUAUCUAGUAGUUGCUUUAUAGGUUUUCUUUUGUGUGUUUUCUUUGAAUUCUUAAUAAUUUAUGAGUUUCUUUUAUGAGUGACUCUCUUAGGAGAAUGUAUUCAUUUGAGAGUUGUG